GCGUAUGCAUGGUCGGCAAGGCGAGUGCAGAGCCUCAAAGAGCCCUUGCGCGGACCAGGGCCUACCAACUGGUCUGUCAAGUUCUUGCUAGUCACAUCCGCACAGGGGCAGCAUGAGUAGAAAACAUGUGAACAGGCCCAGGCAAUAGGCCUAAAAACGAUUUACAGAAACCGUUGCCUUUAAAGAAGGGUCUAGAAACAAGGGUCCAGAAAAGGUGCUAAAGGAAACAAAGGUGUGAGAAAAAACAGGCCUUAAAAACAAUAGCAAAAGGCAUCCGGCAUAUGGAAACAUACAUGGCAAAUAUAAACACUAGUUUCGACGUGAUGAUUGUCGAGUUGACCAGGGCCGCCUGACCUUUGAUGUCUCGGACCUGCCGGAGCCAUUCCAAGGCCGCUGGUUGGAGUCCAAGGGGGUGACAUCUUGGGAGCUCAUAUCUCUGAAUGCCCAGAAGCAGAAGGCGGAGGCCGCUGCGCAGAACGCUCGGGCAGCAGGCUUCACGAUGCCAUCACCAGAGGAAGGGAAGCUCAAGCAGCCAAGACAAGCCGAGAUGAGUUCCAAUUCAACAUUUUUUGCACGACGGAGGACGAGCAAGAAGCAGGGUGUGGACGGCCUUUGCUCGCCUUGCGAAGAUCCAGACCUCUGUGUCGCUUAUGCACUUUGUCCAUUUUGUCGUCAGGCAGACACUUGGCACACCUUGGGCGUGCCACAGUGGCAGACCUACUGGAAGGUCCUUGCCGCUUACGUUCUUUGCCCAUGGUGCUUCCCUUGCCUAAACUUCUAUGGGCGCUACCGCAUCCGGCAAGCGUUUGGUAUCCCGCUGGAGCCACACCGAGACUGCUGUGUUCAUUGCCUUUGCUGUUGCUGUUGUACACCUUGUGCACAUUUGCAGGAAGCUCGCCUUGUAGAUGCACCAGUUUUGUACUACCGCUGCAAGCACAAACUGGCAUUCUUCCACAUUCGUGAAGCUCAAUUGAAAGCCGAGAAAGCGGCUGCCGAGCUGGCUGAGCUGUAGAGAUAGAGGUAGAGGUAGAGGGCGAUAUGAGCAAAGAACACAAAGCAUGACCGCUCAAGCCGAACCAGAGGCAGCAGGCAGAGG